AUGGAAACCCAACAGUUCGACUUCACAGGAGGAAGGGGGUCGUUCCGGAAGUGGCGGGUUUUCCCGGCGCGCUGGGUGGACCUGGUGGCCAGACCUGGUGGCCAGCGGAGUCUCGGAGCUGUCCGCGGUGCUGAAACACCGCCCCCCGGCCCGGCCGUCGCCCCCCAAGGCUGGAUGGAGGCGAAGCCACCCCGAGGUGGUGGCAGGAAGAGAUCCAGCUCUUGCCAAGCGUCAUUAACGGAUGCUGACAGCCCUUUGCUGUCAGGAAUGCAGGAUUUCACAAGUGGAAAGUACAAGUCAUUACAACUUCACCAGGACAAAAGCGCCACUCCUUUUGUUAAAACAGUUGUACACCUACAAGCAAACGUGGUGACACCCGACUGGUCUCCUUUAUCAGAUCUUCAAAAUAAAAUUUUUCCAGGCAUUUACCAGCAGAAAAAGGCAUGGCAUACAAUUAAAACCAUGGUUAACUUACCAGUCAUCAGCCCUUUCAAGAAACGCUACUCAUGGGUGCAGCUGGCUGGGCAUACAGGGAGUUUCAAGGCAGCUGAUAGUGGGAAGAUUCUCAAACGCUUCUCAGAGAAUGAAAAGGAGUGUUUUGAGCGAUUGAUGAAAGACCCGCUACGCUCCUGUGUCCCUUGCUUCCAUGGUGUGGUGGAGAGAGAUGGCGAGAGCUACAUUCAGCUGGAUGACUUGCUUACUGAUUUUGAAGGGCCUUGUGUGAUGGACUGCAAGAUGGGGAUCAGGACAUACCUGGAGGAGGAGUUGACUAAGGCCCGUGAGAAACCAAAGCUGCGUAAGGACAUGUACAAGAAAAUGAUUGAAGUGGAUCCUCUUGCUCCCACAGCUGAAGAGAAUGCCCAGCAUGCUGUCACCAAACCCCGAUACAUGCAGUGGAGGGAAACCAUCAGCUCUAGUGCCAACCUGGGCUUCAGGAUUGAAGGGAUUAAGAAGGCGGAUGGAACAUGUAACACAAACUUCAAAACUACGAAGACACAGGAGCAAGUUCUACAGGUUUUUGUGGAAUUCAUUGAGGGCAACACAACUAUUCUGAAAAAAUACCUCAAGCGUCUGCAGGAAAUUCAUAUCAUUCUUGAAUCCUCAGACUUCUUCAAGCGACAUGAGGUCGUUGGAAGUUCACUACUUUUUGUACAUGAUGGCACUGGGAAUGCCAAUGUGUGGCUGAUUGAUUUUGGGAAGACCACACUUCUCCCUGAUGGGCAGACACUGGAUCACAGGAUCCCCUGGCAAGAAGGCAACAGGGAGGACGGGUACUUGUUGGGAUUGGACAAUUUGAUUGGCAUCUUGGAAAGCAUCACUGAAAGAUGA